AUGUUCGUGAGAUCCGAUGAUUUCAAACUCUCAAAAGAGCAAACUGAAAAAUGCCUAGCGUUGGAUGGUGUACACUUUUUUGAAAAGCGCGAAGAACCGCAAGGAAAUGAGCUCAAAGAAUGGGUUCAAAGAAAAAUUGCUCGAGCAAAAGCGAUUGAGCAACUCGGAUCUGUUGGUAAGUUUUAGGAACUAUUUUUAGAUUUCCCAAUACUUAUGUUAAUUAAUUGCAGUAAAUCUCGAAAACAAACAAUUCGAAGGAGAAGUUGCACACAAUUUCAUGCGUCACAUUCGAGAAAUCGCCACAUUCGAUCUACAUUGUAACGAGCCAUUUCAUAUGGGAAAUAAGAAGAAUCAAGCAUGGACAGCAAUUGAAACCUCAUUGAAUGCGAAAUGCAAAGUGAUUCGAUUCAUCACACUUCGAAAUUCGCGAGAAGUUUCGAUGGUUUUCAAGUUGGAGAACAGCGUGACGAUGAGCGUUGAAAGUGGGCUGAAAUUUGUGAAUAUGAAAAAGUUUGAGGAUGAUGUUCGGCAAUUCUUCCUUGGACCAUUUCAUUUAUAUGAUUUUAUUACGAAAACUAUUUGGGCACAUAUUGAUGAAUAUGCAGCGAUUCCACGAGAAGAAAAGCCUGUUGAAAAAUCAGAAGAAGUACAUUCUGGAGCAGCUAAUAAAACUCCUUCAGUCGAGAAUCGUUCAAAUUCUGGUAGUCAUCGAGGUGGAAGAGAACAACAAAGAGGUAGACAACCAACAAGAGGACAGGAUAGACAUUAUCCAUCAAAUAGUGGUGAGUUGAGAGCGUUUUUCUGGCACGUUAGGAAUUUUCAAUCGAAAAUCUUUUUUAGGCCGACAUCGUCCAGAAAACAAUCAUUUCAAGGGUUCUUCGCAAGAUAUUCGAAAAGCUGAAAAUCUUCAAAAACCUCCUGUUGGCCGUCAAGAAAACAAUAAUUUCAAGAGUUCUUCGCAAGACAUUCGAAAGGCUGAAAAUGCAGGAAAAGCUGAAAAUAACCCAAAAGAAGCAUCGGAAUACACUCAAACUCCAAAAGUUGCUGAAAAUCUUCCAAAACCUCCUGUAGGCCAACAAAUUUUCAAUAAUUCUUCGCAAGAUGUUCGAAAAGCUGAAAAUUCAGGAAAAGCUGAAAAUAUCCCAAAACCUUCAGUUGAAGCAUCAGAAUCCACUCCAGCUCCGCAAGUUGCUGAAAAUCUUCAAAAACAUCCGUCGGAAUCCACUCAAACUCCAAAAGUUGCUGAAAAUCUUCAGGAAAACAACAAUUUCAAGAGUUCCUCGCAAGAUGUUCGAAAAUCUUCAGUUGAAGCAUCAGAAUCGAUUCCAACCUCGCAAGUUGCUGAAAAUGCUGGAAAAGCUGCUCAAAUUGAAGUUCCCGAUGCUGCGCAAGUCAAAACAUCUGAAAAAGCUCCACAAGUCGAAACACCUGCAGAUGUUAAUCAAAACAAGGAGAACAAUCGUAAGGUUGGUGGAAGUUUCGGAGCCAAAAAACCCGAUUUGACACCAUCUGUCGCUACACUUAUGUCAAGUUUCGAAGAAUCGUCAUAA